AAAGAACCAGUUACGCUACACGUCAGUUGUAUGGUGAGAUGACCCUACAGAUAUAAAAUUUUCUGCGCUGUAAGGUGGUGCGCGAUCCCGUGUCGACUUCGGGUGCGGGUGGAAGUCAUUCAUUAGGCUUACUUUCACUGCGGAUUGCUGUUAUAAAACCAUUACAUUUAAAUGCUGAUUCGUGUUAAGCUCAACCUGCAUUUCGAGAAAUUCCACCCGAGCGAAAUCAGUUUAAUUUGGUAACUAUGUAAGACUGACGCUCCCCUUUUCUGCUUUUGUUUUACGAGUCUCGCUACCCUGAACUGCAUAUUUUUGUGUUGUGUUCUUUCAUCGAUUGAUUUACUGUCAGUGCGAGAGAGAGAGUACAACAAGUACAGAUUUUACGGAUUGCCCCUCAAGACCACAGGCUGUGGGACAUCUGGGGCCGAAUCUAAUGGGCCCCGACAUGGGCGAAAUGUACCUGCCAGGAACAACGGGCUUCCUCCUUUUGCGCGUUCAGUUUAGUCCUUGGUGCAAGUUUACUGAUAAAGAAAAGGAAAUAAUCUAGAUUAGGGCGGCUUUCUGUUGCAAUUGCUUUUAAAUAAGUAAACGCUUUCGUGUGUUCAUCCCAUUAUUAAAUGUUAUAGGAAGCCUAUGAAUUAGUAAAUCAAUAAAAUAAAAAUAUAAUUUCUUUUGAAAAUCGAGUCCAUGGAAUUUUUAAACUGAUCUUAAGUAUCUACUGGAAAUAUUGGUGCGGGGCAAAUAAGCAGCGAUUAUAACUAAUUAGUGAAUUAUACACAACUAAGGAGCAAGCCCGUUUGCCUUCGUGUCCUUUCGCUGCGUGUGGGGCGGGGAAGUGGGCCGGCGCUGCGGCGUGAAGAAGGCGGCGGCGCGGCGACGCGGGGAAGCCGCGGCUCGGGCAAGGAGCGCUUACGGCGUCCGACUGAAUGCUGCGGGCUCCGGGGCCACGGUGCGCCCCUCGUCCUCCGACCCGCGGGUGAGACGCCUUUCGGGGGGGGCGCUCUCCUCGCGGACACAGUCGCACCUUUCUUGGUUAAUUCAGCUGAAGAAAAAAGAUGCAUCUGUUCAGGACUUACAACUAUCGUGUGCAUCCGGAGCGCUAUUCUUGGGAAACGCCAUACAUACGUGGAAUCAGCUGGACACCACUGCCAGAAACCUUGGAAGCUCAAGACACCAUGAAGCAGUUCCUUUCAGAUCGUAUACUGAAGGCAGGCAGGGCAGUUUAUAACGCUUUGAUAGAGCGCAGUCCUGCUCUUAUCAGAGACAGGAAGUAUCAUCUCAAGAACUACAGACAAUGUUCCACAGGAAAGGAACUUGUGGAUUGGUUGAUGGCCCAAGGCGGAUCUGUCCAUUCACGCAACCAGGCAGUGGGAAUCUGGCAGGUGCUGGUCGAUGAAGGAAUUCUCGUUCACGUGAAACAGGAGUUGAACUUCCAUGACAGGGAAUGCCAGUUUUACCGAUUCCAGGAGGCAGAAUGUGGUCUGAGUCACACAAGCAAUGAGAGGGACCUGGAAGAGGAGCUCCAGGAAGGCCUGUCGCUGCUGGUCCAGAUGGGACCAGAUGCUCUCCUCACCAUGAUACUGCGCAAAUGCCCCAGCCAGAGGAGUGCAGAGGAUCUGGAGGUCAUCUACGAAGAGUUACUCCACGUCAAGGCAGUGGCACACCUGUCCAGCUCAGUGCGGAAGGAGCUGGCAGCCGUGCUGGUGUUUGAAUCACAUGCCAAAGCUGGCACUGUCUUGUUCAGCCAAGGAGACAAGGGAACCUCUUGGUAUAUCAUCUGGAAGGGCUCUGUUAAUGUGAUCACACAUGGGAAGGGUUUGGUGACCACACUACAUGAAGGCGACGACUUUGGACAGCUGGCAGUAGUCAAUGACGCCCCCCGAGCAGCUACCAUCAUCCUGCGGGAGGACAACUGCCACUUCCUGCGUGUGGACAAACAGGAUUUCAUACGAAUCCUCAAGGAUGUCGAGGCCAACACGGUGCGCCUGGAGGAGCACGGCAAGGUGGUUCUGGUUCUAGAGAAGAGUUCCGGGAGUGAAUCGGCCAAUCAUGGAGCUUCAGGAAGUAACAAGUACACUGUGAUGUCAGGAACGCCAGAGAAGAUCUUGGAGCACCUGUUGGAGAGUGUGAGGCUAGACGCUUAUAGCAGUGAUGCUACAGAUUCCUGCAUAACCGACUUUCUCUUAACUCACAGAGUUUUCAUGCCCUCCAGUCAGCUCUGUGAAGCCCUACAGCAUCAUUACCAUGCAGAGCCAUCGGAAGGCUCUGAGCUGGAGAAAGCAGCUUACUCCCUCAACAGGAAGCAGAAGAUCAUUCGCCUGGUCAGCCAGUGGGUGCUGCUGUACGGCCAGGCCCUCAGAGAAGACCCUCACGUUCUGGAAUUCCUAGAGAAGCUGAAAGCAGAGGUGAUAAGUGACUCGCGGCUCUUGAGCAUGCUGAAGGAGCAGUUUCGGGACCGGAGGAGGACCCGUGUGCUUGAGAAUGGAUACCAAACAUUGUCAAAGUUCAACCAGCAGUUUGACUGGUUCUCCAAUCACGAGGAGCCUGCAGGAAGAAUUCAGCCAAUUAAAGCACACGAUAAAGUGCUGUAUGAAAUCUUCCGUCCAGAUCAUAACUGCAUCAGGCUGAUGCUCCCAGUAAACAGCACUGUUCAGGACAUUAUGUCAUCCUUGGUUGGUCCCGAUGGAGACCAUGUCCUGGUUAAGAUGAACUCAGCUGGAGACAGGGUUCAGCUCAAACUGGAUGCCACAGCAGUCUUCACCUCGCUGGGCAUCAAUGAAAGGUUGUUCCUCUGCACCUCCUCUCUGGUGGACCAGCUGACGCCCCUGAAGGAGCAGCUUGGCCUGGAUCAGGGUACCAUGGACUCCCUGGAGCAAAUGAGCUCUAAGGACAUCGCCGGCCAGCUUAGUGACUACGACUGGGAGCUGUUUGGUGGCGUACAUGAGGUGGAGUUGGUCUACUACAUUUUCGGCAGACACCGGUUCCCAUCUGCCACCACCGCCAACCUGGAGCUCUUUGUCAGGCGCUUCAACGAGCUCCAGAACUGGGUGGUGACCGAGCUGUGCCUCUGUGCUGACCUGCAGAAACGUGCCUUGCUGCUUAAGAAGUUCAUCAAGAUAGCCAUUGUCCUGAAGGAGCAGAAGAAUCUCAACUCCUUCUUUGCAGUGAUGUUUGGGCUCAGUAACAGUGCAGUGCAGAGGCUGACUAAGACAUGGGAGAGAGUGCCGAGCAAGACCAGACGGAUCUAUUGUGCUAAUGAAAGAUUAAUGGAUCCGUCCCGUAAUCACAGAGCUUACAGGCUCGCUGUAGCCAAACUGAGUCCUCCCUAUAUCCCCUUCAUGCCUCUUCUGCUCAAAGACAUGACUUUCAUCCAUGAAGGAAACAAGAACUAUACUGAGAACUUGGUCAAUUUUGAGAAAAUGCGCAUGAUUUCCAAGACUUUGAAGAUAGUGCGAGGAUGUAGGAGCCUGCCCUACGUUCCCUCGUCCCCACAGAAGGGCCUGACUGAGCGGAUGUUUCUAGAGACUGGUCAUGUACGAUUUUCUACAUGUUCAGAACAGUCCCUGUCAUUACGCAGUCCGACCACCGUGCGGCAGUAUAUCCAGAAUAUCAGAGUCAUCGACAACCAGCGAAAACUCACACAGCUGUCCAGGGCAGUGGAGCACUAGAGCCAGAAGCCACAAUUGGACAACUGCCACUGUGCCUGUUAUUUCUGCAGAUAACUCGGCCCCCAUCCAGGAACCUACAUGUCUGUCAGUGGUGCAUUCUGGAAGAGGGGGGCUGUUCACUUACCAACUUCAAAAGGACAUGUUUUGAUGGCUCAUGGUGUCUUAGAGACACCUUCUGCCAGACAUGAAGAGAACAAUAUUAUAUUCCUGUGGUUGGACAGACGUUUCACACUAGCUGACAUGUAUUUUCAAACUGCUGUGAUUCAUUGUUAAACUGACAAUGUCCAACUCUGUAACAGGGAGCUUUGACACACAGGAGGGGAGACAAGAUAAGUCACUCGUAGUUGGGAAGAAUUCCGCAUUAGUGCAGCUCAUUCUGUAGCCUGACUUAUUAAAACUGAAUUUAUAUACAUAUACAACACAUUCCAUAUGAUGUGAAAAAAGUUUAUUUUUUUAGAAAUAAAUUAUUUAAAAAGUA